GCUUAUAUGGAAGUGAAAACGAGGGAGAAUCCUAAUUUUUAAAAGUUUAUACAUUUAAAAUUGGUAUAGUAAUAAAAAAAAUACUUUAGUAGUUAAAAACAAUACAUAUUUAAAAAUUAUGUUUAAAAUUUUAUAAAACAACAGAUGAUAAGAAUAUUUAAUUUUAUAAAGAAUCAACAAAAAAAGUACAAAUAAACUAAAAUUUUCAUCAAUUUAAAAGAGAAGUGUGUUAACUUUUCUCAAUUUUAUCCGAUUUUUCAAGUCUUCCCCUUUGUUCCAUUUUCACCAUUUUUCUAACUAGCACUCGUGGUCCAACGUUUUCUUUCGUUCAAGAAAAGCAACACUUUUUCUCCGAUGGUUCUAUUGAUUUUCCACUACACCAAACUUUUUCUUUGAAAGCUCGUCACCAUUUGGGUACUCCUCUAGAGAGAGAGAGAGGAGAGAGAGAGAGAGAGAGAUGGCAAGCGUGGGGGACAUUGGGAUGUCGGCAUUGAUCAACACACUGAGUGCUUUGGGGUUCUUGUUGGCUUUUGCUGUGCUGAGGAUUCAGCCCAUCAACGACAGAGUUUACUUCCCAAAGUGGUAUGUUGAUGGGAAGAGAAGAAGCAGCCCCAAGAACAACGGUGUCCGCAGCUGGGUGAACCUCAAUUUCAAGACUUACCUCACCUUCCUCAACUGGAUGCCCCAGUCCAUGAAGAUGACCGAGCCUCAGAUCAUCACUCAUGCUGGCCUUGACUCCGCCGUCUUCCUCAGGAUCUAUACUCUUGGAUAUCGUUCUUUCUUUUGCUAUUUUAGCACUCGAAUUUUGCUUAUAGAUGCUUGAUGCUCACUCUUAAAGAUAUUUGGACCCACGGCUGUAGUGGUCCUCCUGGUUCUUAUCCCGGUCAAUGUUUCGGGUGGAACCUUGUUCUUCCUCAGCAAAGACCUGGUCGUCAGCGAUGUCGAUAAACUCUCCAUUUCCAAUAUUAGUCCCAAAUCUUCGAAGUUUUUCGUGCACAUAGCAAUGGAAUUCUUCUUCACAUUUUGGACAUGCUAUGUUCUGUACAAGGAAUAUCAUCAAGUGGCAUCAAUGAGGUUACAAUUCUUGGCUUCGCAAGCCACAAAAGCGGGACAGUUCACCGUUAUUGUAAGAAAUGUACCACAUGAAUCUGGGCGUUCUAUUUCAGACAGUGUAGAAAGUCAUUUUAAAAGAAACCACCCAAAUCACUAUCUUUGCCACCAGGCUGUCUAUAAUGCAAAUAAGUUUGCCAAACUUGUAAGGAAAAGAAAUAGGCUUAUAAAUUGGCUGGAUUAUAACCAGCUUAAGCUUGACAUGAAUCCAGACAAGAGGCCAACCACUAAGAUUGGCUUCCUUGGACUUUGGGGCAAAAAGGUUGAUUCCAUUGAGUAUUAUAAGCACCAGGUUGAAGAGAUUGACAAAGUGUUGAUAAUUGAGAGGGAGAAGAUUCUUAAGGAUCCUCAAUCUAUCAUCCCAGCUGCUUUUGUAUCAUUCAAUUCAAGAUGGGGGGCAGCUGUUUGUGCACAGACUCAACAAAGCAAGAACCCCACCCUAUGGUUGACAGACCCGGCACCUGAACCUCCGGAUGUGUAUUGGAAAAAUCUGUCAAUAUCGUUUGUUUCACUAAGCAUCCGAAGAUUGGUGAUAGGAGUAUCAUUGUUUGCUUUGGUCUUCUUCUAUAUGAUACCUAUUGCCUUCGUGCAAUCACUUGCAAAUUUGGAAGGCCUAGAAAAAGUUGCUCCUUUCCUCAAGCCACUAAUUGAGUGGAAGGUGAUCAAGUCAUUCUUACAAGGUUUCCUUCCUGGUUUAGCUCUGAAAAUUUUCAUGUUUGUUCUUCCAACCAUCCUUAUGAUUAUGUCAAAAAUUGAGGGGCAUGUGGCAUUAUCAGUGCUUGAAAGGAGAGCUGCAGCUAAAUAUUAUUAUUUCAUGUUGGUCAAUGUGUUUUUGGGAAGUAUUAUCGCUGGAACGGCAUUCCAGCAACUCCAUGCUUUCCUUCACCAAUCAGCUGCACAGUACUGCACUUCUCUCCUUCAAUUAAAUUCUUAAACAGAGCAUUUCUUUUUCACAUAUUUUUCUCUCACAAUGCUUACACUAAUACUGUUGAUACAAAAGAAUAAAUAAAGAAAAACAAAAGCAAGAUCCGCUAGUGUUUUUUCAAGGUAAUGAUUUUUUUAGAUUUUCUGAACUGUUUGCUUUUUCGCAGUUUGUUAUAAUACAUCAGUCUCAAAAAG